CAUUUGUGCCCUGCCAAGCCGCAUUGGCCGUACCCAGCUCCGCGCCGUGCAGAAGCUCAGUGAGGGCCCAUAUGUGGAGACCGAGACCUACCCCAAGGAGAUGGAAAUGUCGCCGGCAGUACUCAAGGGCUGGGUCGGUGGGGAGAAGGGUUUCGACCCUUUGGGUGUCACGGAUGCAUUGCCCGUGUACUGGGUCCGGGAAGCUGAGCUGAAGCACGGACGCGUUUGCAUGCUCGCGACAGUUGGAUGGAUUGCGGGAGAUCUUGGCUUUCGAUUUCCAGGUGACAAGUUCCAAGCUGUAGCGAACAGCCUUGAGGCACAUGACAAGAUGGUAGAGGCUGGCUAUAUGCUUCCCUUCCUUGGAGCUAUUGGCACCUUUGAGCUCUAUUCACUCUGGCUCCUCUUCAAAGGUUGGGAGCAGGAAGUGAAUCGCGAUGCUGGGGACUUCUUCUUGGGCAAGCAAUUUCUUCCCAAGGAACCCGAGAAGGAGAAGGAGAUGCGCUUGAAGGAGCUAGAGAACGGGCGCCUCGCCAUGUUCGCCUUCAGUGGAAUUGUCACACAAGCUGCCAUCACCGGCAAGACUUGGCCAUUCAUGAGCGCAUCCCAAGCAGAGCUGGAUGAUUUGGUGGCAAAGCACCGCAGCAAGGAACAGGAGCUCUUUGCUCUAGCAGUUGAAGAACGUGAUCCGGAAGGAAUUCACAGCCUGGCUCUCUUGGGGCUUCAGGUGCAAGACAGGAAGAACUCCACUGAAGAGCUAAUGCAAAAAAUCAAAGAACUUGAGAACCAGUUGGAGGAUCAACGUUCGAUGAUCGUCGAAAUCCUCUCGGGUCAACCUCGCAAGAAGAACACUUCGGAGCCUCAGACCUUUGCACCUGCAGCACCUGAUGCACCUGAUACACCUGAUGCAGCACUUGAACCAGCAUUUGGACCAGCACUUCCUGGCAAACUUAGAACGUUUUUGGAAGCCGCUGGCCGGGAAGCAAUGGAUCUCAUUUCUCAGAAUCAGGAGCUCUUGGAAGCCUUUACAGAGCUGAAUGGGUUGGGUGAGACUGGCUUUGAAAGCCUCAAAACGCCGGAGCAGCGAGCCCUGCUCCUCAGCCUUGUAGCUGCCUGGGCAAUAGUUACUGAGUCAGCUUUGAAUUUGAAAGAUCUUACUUUCGAGGAUGAGGAUCUCCAGGCUGUUGUGGCAGCGCUAGACGAGUGUGGCAAGAUCAAAGAGUGGGACAUGGCACGAUGUUGCUGCAGCGAAAACGCCUUUUCGUCUUUGAUGAAUGCAUUGGGGAAGCAGCCGCUGUCUCGACUGGCUUUGGGCUACAACACACUGGGCCUCCAGGGGCUGGGGAGCAUUCUAAACGCAGCAAGUCAGCACCUGACUUGGGCAUCCACAUUGAGCAGCCUCAGCCUUGAAAUGAACGGCUUUGGUGAUGAAGGAUGCCUGAAGCUAGUCCAGAGUCAACGCUUUCUACCCGGGCUCGGCGUGUUGGAGUUGGGCUGGAACCAGAUCACGUACAGAAGCACCGAGGCUUUGGCGUCUUUGCUUCGCAGCAGCUCUUUGCAUCGCCUUGGCCUUGCCGGGAAUGCUUUGGGCACAGAUGGCGCAGUUCAUCUCAUUUUAGCUGCUGAGCUUGGCCGAGAGCUGGAGUUGGACCUCUCUAUGAACAGCAUAACCUCAGACUGUCUUCGCCAGCUUGUUGGUUGGGCUUCGGAGCCUUCAAAAGCCAGCCAAGCUCAGGCAGUUCAUUUGACAGUGAACCUGGAGUGGAACAGCAUUGAUGACCCUGAACAGGUCAAAGCUUUGGCAAAGGCACUACUGGAUGGAGGCUUUCAAGCCACUGAAUCUGGACAGGCGCUGUUCCAACUGGCAAACAAUGAGUUGCGGGGCCUGCCAGCAUCAGAGAUCUUGGACGCAUCAGCCAAUCUCAUCAUGCUGUAGCUGAUAUCCAUCGCUCUUCUAGCUCUCAUUGCAUCCAAUCGGAAAGCAGCUUUCUUUGCGCACUUUGAAACUCAAGGCCACCUCAUGCGGGUGCCCAAUGAGACAGAGCGGGGAAGCUGCGCUGGUCAUCGAAUGCCACUAGUGAACGUUCUGCGUGCAUUUGCAGACGGGCAAUUUGCCGGAAGGUGUUCGACUGCCAAACUCCACUACACGUCUCACAUGAUCACAUACAGUCUAUAUAGAUCUAUAUAGACGAAUUCUGUUCCAGGGACCCGACGGCGAGCUUUGCCGGCUGCGCACAGUUCAGAGAUU